GCCCGCCGGAGGCGCGGCGGAGCGCAGCCAGGCGCUGCACGCCGAGGGGCGGCGGGGCCGGGCUGAGCCGUGCCGUGCCCCGCUCCGCCGGCCGGGCCGCCGCCUUCGCCCUUCCCCGGCGCGCCCGCGGGCAUUAACGGCCGGCACAGCCCUAAGGGCUCCGCAUUCCCUCGGCUCCUGGUGCUCCCUCCAAGGGCCGGGGCGCGGAUUGCUGCCGCGUAUCUCCCCGGAACUUUAAGGGCCCCUCUCAGAGCGGGGAUGGGGCGCGGGGUGUGCUGCUUGCCGCGGUUCCCCGGUGAAAGGGGUUUCCACGGGUGACGGUGACGGUGACGGUGCGGCCGUAGCUGCUCUUACGCGACCCGGUGCAUGGGCUGUGGUCGCUGCAAGCUGUCUGCAGAGGGCGUGUUGUGAGGGUGCCCAAAGGUCCUCUUAUUCGAGUCGUGGGCACGGAGGUGGAGAUCCCUUGCAGCGUUAGUGACUACGAUGGACCCAGUGAACAGAACUUUGACUGGGAAUUCUCCCGGGAGACUGACUUCGUACGGAUAGUGAGUACCUGGGAUUCUACCUUCACCUCUGAGGAGUACCAAAAACGCGUAGGCUACGGGGAUAUCAAACUGAGACGGAGCAGCAACGAUGCUGUGGAACUUGUGAUUAGAAACAUCCAGCCAACUGACCAAGGGAGAUACAAAUGCUCCACGCCCAGCACUGAUGCCACCGUUCAGGGAAAUUAUGAUGCAGAGGUCCAAGUGAAAGUGAUUUCCGAUGGCUUAUCGGUGAGUGGUUCAAAAGCACGUUCCUCAAUGUCUCUCAGGCUGUCUGAGGGUGACUCCUUCAAGCUGCGCUGCUCAGCAAUUACCACCUCACCAGAGCACACUCACCUGCAUAUGACUUGGCAGAUCAAAAAUGGAUCGACUUGGCACGACAUCCUGUCUUUGACUCAUGAGGGCAAAUUCCAGCCGGGCCCUGGCUACGAAGAGCGCUACCGUAAUGGAGAUAUUCGCUUGGACACGGGAGCAAAUGACACGUAUCGCUUAUCUGUGUCCCAGGCCUCGGCGGUGGAUGAGGGUGCCUACAGGUGUCUUGUGAGUGAGUGGGUAAGAGGGGCAGAUAGCUCAUGGCAGAAGAUUCAGGAGAAGAGCGUGGAGAUAGCAAGCGUGGCAAUCCAGCGCACUGCUCUAGAUGUGGUCAUCUCAACAAGCAAUGUGUCUGUGACUGAAAGAGACUCCCUGGAUCUUACAUGCAACAUCACAACAGACCGGAGUGGUAUUUUCCAAGCGGAGGUGAUGUGGUAUUUUUCUGCAUCACCUGAUGAUACCUUGUCAGAUGCUCAGGUUUUGCUGAGCAUGGACCAUGAUUCUGUUGUCAGUGAUUCAACUCUCAUCAGCCUGAGCCAUGUCGAUAGGAACUCCUAUCGCCUCUUGGUGCGUGAUGUGGAUGUGGGAGACUCUGGCUACUACUUCUGCCAAGCAGCUGUCUGGGUGCCACUGCAUAACGGGAGUUGGCAUAAGGUAGUGGAGAGAACAUCUGCACCAGUCAAUGUGGUGGUGACAGCAUUAGAGCCAGACUAUGAGGUGUUUCUGAAUGCCUCUAAAACACCCAAGUUUUCAGAUGACCCCACAGAGCUCAACUGCAGGAUCACAAAUGCACAGGACACUGGAGCAAACAUCCGCUUCACGGUGUCCUGGUACUACAGGCAGCGCCUGCGCAGUGAUGAUGUGGUGACAGUGGAACUGCUGGCCACCAUGGAUGCAGACUGGACUCUGCAGCUUGGGGACAGGAGCAGAGAGCGGGCUCAGAACGGGGAAAUCAUCUUCUCUAAAAAGGCUGUUGACACCUUCAGUUUCCGAAUCCAGUGGACUUCAGAAAGCGACAGAGGGGAUUAUUUCUGUGUCAUCUCUGCGUGGAGCAGGCACCGAAACAACAGCUGGGUAAAGAGUAAAGAUGUGACUUCUGCAUCUGUCAGCGUUUUCUGGGCAACACAAGAUUACACGCUUACAGUGGAGGCGGUGAAAUUGAAGCCAUUCUUUGUAGCAGGCCACACCUUUGAGAUGACGUGCAAAGUGUCUUCAAAGAACAUCAAGACACCGCGCUAUUCCGUCCUCAUUACAGCUGAGAAGCCACUAGCAGAUCAGUCAAAUCCCAACGGAACUACUCGCAUCAUCUCCUUGAACCAGGAUUCAGUAGUGCGGCUGGAAGACUGGACAGACCAGACGCGUGUGGAUGGCGUGGUGCUGGAGAAAGUCCAGGAGAAUGAGUUCCGCUACAGGAUGUAUCAGACCCAGAUUUCUGAUGCUGGGCUCUAUCGCUGUGUGGUGACUGCCUGGUCUCCAGGUGGUGGUGGCAUGUGGCGUGAAGCAGUGAAUGGCUUAUCCAACCCUAUCCAGAUAGACUUCCAGAUGUCAGGUCCUGUGUUUAAUGUCUCGGUGCAUUCGGACAACCCGACGAUUUACCAGGGUGAACUGGCAGAUUUGCUGUGUAUCAUCACAACAGAAGGAAUGGCACUUGAACCAGAUGAUAUGUCCUUUGAUGUCUCCUGGUUUGCUGUGCGCUCCUUUGCGUUGGACAGAGAGCCCAUCUUGCUGGCCUCACUGGACCGGAGAGGGAUUGUGACACAGAGCAGGAGAAAUGGGAGCAGUGAUCUCAGCCUGGAGAGAAUCAGCCCAUUGGAAUUCCGUCUCCGCGUGCAUGGCUGUGAGGACCAUGACUUUGGGAACCACUACUGCGUAGUGACGCCAUGGGUGCGAUCUGCCACUGGUGUAUGGCAGCGGGAGCCUGACAUCAAAGCCAAACCCAUCUUUCUAUCUGUGAAAAUGGAUGUUUUGAAUGCUUUCAAGUAUCCCCUGUUGAUUGGCAUCGGCCUGGCCACUGUCAUUGGACUCUUAUCCUGCCUCAUUGGCUACUGCAGCUCCCGUUGGUGCUGCAAGAAGGAAGUACAGGAAACAAGACGAGAGCGUCGCCGGCUAAUGUCGAUGGAGAUGGACUGAGCAUGGAGCCAGACACACUUGCAUUUUGGGAGAGACUCAAAGGGCUCUUGGACUGUGCUGAGAUGCUUGCUCACAGGCCCAGACAAGGCAGUGCAUUUCCUCUCUGAUUUCAGCCUGGACCUCAAGCUUCUCCUUGUUACACAUCAUGUCCUGAGAGCCUUCAGGCCAUAUUUAGCAACUCGGAGUUCUCCUUUUCCAGCAGCACUUUCUGCAUAGGGAUCAUGUCCUUCUAAUGUGCAAACUGUUGAGCCUUCUUCCAGCAGGGCCCUGUGACAAAAUUCACUAAGGUGUUUUUGUUUGUUUGAUUGGUGGGUUUUUCCCCCUCCUCUUGUUUUUGAAUAGACGUCCCUGUAUGAAAGCAUGAUGGUCAGGGUGGUGAGUGGGAAAGGGGCUGCUAAAGUGUCAGACUUUCAUUGUAUUAACCAAUCUACUUUUCCCUUCCACCCACAUCACGCCAUCCUGUUCCCUUCCUCUGUCCACCUUGGUAUCUCACAGACUUCUCUGUGCUGGGUUGAAGGCUGGAGAAGGUUCCUCUGCUAGUUCCUCAUGAGGCUGUUCCAGCAAAGCAUUGGUUUUAUGGUUGCCCGCAUGCCUUCUCUACCCUGGCUUUAAAGGGUGUGCAACAUAACUUGCCUGGAGAUCUUUGAGAAUCUUCUUUUUAAACUUAUCUUUUGUUUUAUUUUCAGUGCUUAAAGCUCUUGGCAGUGGUGAAUAGGGGCUAACUUGGCAACCCUGAAAAGUCAAUCUUCAGACAAGGAUUUGUUGGAUGUCUGCUUAUGGCCACCUUCUCCCACACCCUUUCACCUUUUUUUCCUCCCCAGUACAGCUGCUCAUGUUGUGCCUGAGACCCUGUUCUGCUUGUGCAGAGGGGCAUGUGUGUCUAGAGACAAGGCCCAGCCUUCUGUUGGCCUUGAUGGAGAGCUGGAAGACCUUGCCCCUGGUGAUGGUGUGACUUAUGGGUGAGGAGGGAAGAGGUGGAUCUUUGUCUGCGGUUGGUCCACUGAUAGUGAUUAGAGAAGACCUGUAAACUAUUACCAAAUGCACAGGCCAGACUCCAGUGCUGCUUCUGCCAGUCACUCAGUGAUAACCCUUGAACCUGUGGGCAGAGUCUGAGACCUGCAUAGCUGAAGUGCAGCUCAGGGUAGGAAUAGGAGCAAGCCCAAGAGGGCAGCAAGAAUCCCUCAGCUUCCAAUGGUCCUCAUCUUCUGCACAGGCCUGCAGCAGGGCUUUCCCCAUGGGUUUGAGACAUAUAUUCCUAGGUGCUAUAGAAGUCCUUUGGUCUUCCACACAUACUGACCUGGCUCCUGACUAGGAGCAGCUCCUUUUCCGGGCAGUUCUGUCUUCCCAGCAUAGCUGGUGUUAUAAGCAAUAAAAGUCAGAAUAAUGAUACUGUGUGCAAACAGACAAGGAAGUAGGACUGUACCGCAGCCUGAUGUCCCAGCCGGGGCUUGGCUUGCAUCAAGAAGGGUCAGAAAGGUAGAGCUGAGGCCAGGGCUCAAUCCUUCCAAGAUUAUUUUGGUUUUAUUUAAGAUAAAAGAUGCUGAAGGAGAGCAUCCAUGGGAAGUAGUGGCUGUGGUAUGCUGUUGCCAGUCUAGACAUCAGUUAUGUAUUAGACAAUCUGCUUCACUAAUAGCUUAUGUCGCUGCAUAGUCCAGGGGAGCUGGAGAGUUAAUAUUUGUGCUAUGAAGGCUUCAUUUCGCAUUAGUGUUUGUGGGACCUUGCACUCAACACAAUAGCUAUUCCAAAAUGGGAGUUUUUUGCAGUAAGCUUUCUUUGUGUGUGUUUUUUGGUUGGUGGGGUUUUUUCCUGUCUUGCGUUGUGACCUUUGUUCUGACACUGACACGAGGUUUUGUCUAGAAGGCUGUUCUGCCUCCUGCAUGCGAACAUGCAUGCUGUCACAUAUGUAUACGUAUGUAUGCAUAGAGGUGUCCAGUGAUGUCUAGAAGCUGAACACGAGGCAUCUUCAAAAUAGACUUGAUUUGCAGAGUUGGGGCUUGCAGCUUGUUGUUUGACUCUUUAAAGACAUUUCAUGUAGUAUUCCAAAACUGGGACACCCAAAAUCUGUCAAUCUCUGAAAGACUUUGGCCUGAACAUUCAUAGCAACUUUUCUGACCUGAUGUUUUCCUUUCUGGAAGAGCUCUGAAAAGGCCUAUGCUGGAGGCAGAUGUAGCUGCCUUUGCUGAGGAGCAGGGCAGAACCAGUCUCUAGCUUUUGCUGUGAAGGCCCAGAAAUCUGUAGUGAUGCUUUCCAAAGGAAGGGAGCUGAGGAAUGGAUUCACUUGAAUAUUGCUGAGACAGAAAGAAUGUUUCUUCCUCUCGUGUCUGUCUGCUGUAGUGAAAUCUUGCUUUUUCCUUGGAUGUUAGGAAAUACCAUUAUGAUGUUUGGGAUGCUGGCUGUCCUUCCCAUACUGAUCCAACAGCUGCUUUCCUGCAUUAAAAUCCACUUUCUUCCCAGAAGGCCUGUGACAUUGGGGCAUCUUGGGAGGGAUGUCGCAGUGGUGAAGUUCGAAGCACAGCCAUCUGUCACUUUCUGACUCCUUGUUUAUGUGCUCUUGGUGAAGUUUUAGGGAGCGAGGAUCAUGACCGUAAUGCAAUAAUUAGGGAAUGAAUGAGCAGGGAACUGCCAGCUCUUCCCAAGCACACAACAUAGCACACUUUCUCCCUGCUGGAAAAAACUCAGGGUUAUUUUGGUCAGGGCUCCCUGCUCCUCUAGUGAAAGGUCCCCAUGUCCUUAGCUAAUGCUGACCUUCCUUCCUGGCCUGUAACAAACCAUCAUUGUCAUUCCAAGUGAAGCAAGUUUGUCGCUAGCUCCUACUGCUGCCAGCCUCUUGGAAGGCAAUGCUGCAUCCCCUUUCACCCUGCGUUUGCUGUGGUCGGAAGGCUAGAAGCUGAGGGGCUAGACUUACCCACCAGGUUUCCUUCUACUUGUGCCAAUUUUGUAUUAUCCCCCUUUUUUAAAAGAGAGUGGAAAUCUUAUCUCUAACGAAAAGAAAAUCUAGGUCACUUUUCAUGUUUUUAUUAUUAUUAUUUCCUGUGUGACCAGGGUUUGUGUGAGUGGAGGUGUGUGUGCAUCUGGUGGUGUAUUAAACCUGCAGAGUAUCAGAAGAGUAAGCUGCCUGAGAUGCAGUGCAAGCAUCCAUAUUCUCCCUGCUGCAACCUGUGGUAUUGUCAAAGUAUCCUAAGGGCUCACGUUGAUCUUCCUCUGUUCACAUUGCCACAUCUUCUGGUUAAGCUGGUAAAUUCCUCCAGGCACUUGGAAUUUUGAUCCAGGACAAGCUUGAACAUCAUAUAGCAGAAGGGCAAGAUAUUUUCUUUCUUUCAUUUUAAUUUCAAAGUUAUAAAAUAAAGUGUUUGGCACAAAUCUGGAAUGCAGGUACCGAAUAGUUCUAACAAUGCUGUGUAAAAUGUUUCUUUUUAUGUUUAAAAUAAAGAGCGAGCCUUUUUGAUUACA